AUUUUAAUUGUAAAAAUGUCCAACUUCUUACAGGUUUUAGGUAAACUCAAGAAAACACGGUCCUUGUUAGGCUUCGCCGCCGCCGCCGUCUCUUCAUCGUCUUCCUCGAAGAUCUCUACACAAUCUUCUCCCAUGGCCGAAGAACUCAAGACUCCUGUCUGCAUAAUCGGAAGCGGCCCCUCCGCCCACACUGCCGCCAUCUACGCAGCCCGCGCCGAGCUCAAGCCCAUUCUCUUCGAGGGCUGGAUGGCCAACGACAUCGCUCCCGGCGGCCAGCUUACCACCACCACCGAUGUAGAGAACUUCCCAGGUUUCCCAAACGGAAUCAUGGGCGGAGAUCUAAUGGAUAAUUGCCGCAACCAAUCACUCCGUUUCGGUACUCAGAUUUUCACCGAAACCGUCACCACCGUCGAUUUUACCUCUUCUCCGUUCAAGAUCAUUACCGAAUCUCACUCCGUCCUAGCCGAUUCCGUCAUCGUCGCCACUGGUGCCGUCGCCAAGCGACUCGUUUUCCCCGGAUCCGGAGACGGAGAAGGAGGGUUCUGGAACAAGGGUAUCUCCGCUUGCGCUGUUUGCGACGGAGCUGCCCCGAUCUUUAGGAACAAGCCGCUGGCGGUGAUCGGAGGUGGGGAUUCAGCUAUGGAGGAGGCGAAUUUCUUGACGAAAUAUGGAUCGAAGGUUUAUAUAAUACACAGGAGGGAUGAGUUUAGGGCUUCGAAGAUAAUGCAGAACAGGACACUGUCGAAUCCUAAAAUUGAAGUGAUAUGGAAUUCUGCUGCGGUGGAAGCUUAUGGAGAAGAAAGUAGGAAUGUAUUGGGGGGUUUGAAGGUGAAAAAUGUUUUGACCGGAGAUGUUUCUGAUUUGAAAGUGUCGGGUUUGUUCUUUGCUAUUGGACAUGAACCUGCGACUAAGUUUCUGAACGGGCAGCUGGAAUUGGAUUCUGAUGGAUACGUAGUGACGAAACCAGGAACAACUCAUACGAGUGUUCAUGGCGUUUUUGCUGCCGGAGAUGUGCAGGAUAAGAAAUACAGGCAGGCCAUUACUGCUGCUGGCACUGGGUGCAUGGCAGCUUUGGAUGCAGAGCAUUACUUGCAAGAAAUUGGAUCUCAGGAGGAGAACAAAACUGCCAAAAUGUGAUUUUUAUGAAGAAGAAGAUGAUUGAUUUAUGACUAAACAUUUGAGACAAAUAUUGUUGCUUCUAUCUUUCUUCCAUUAAUAAAAAUAUAAGUCUUCAAAGCUUGUUUGUGAUUACAGAUUCUGCAAAUGUUUGGAUUCUUUCUUUUCUUGUACUACAAUUUAAAGUUUCUUUCAU